CGGACAGAGAGUGAACGAGGAUAAGAAUAAGACUGGACACAUAAGAAGGGCUCGAAAGGCAAAAAGGUACCGUCAAAACAAAAUUCCUCUUGGGCUGGAUCAAGAUAGCUGAAGAAUGGCAGCCCCUCCACCGGGGAAUUUUAAUAUAGUCAACUUUCGUUAGCCAUUGUUUCUUGGAUUACUUUGCUUUUUGGAAAGUGUUCUUGCUUUUCGGACGUUUAAACAUCAUUGCUGUGCAUAUUAGCCUUCUGGAAAGUGUUUUGCUGCUUGCUGGAUUUGCUGUGACAGAGAUGAGUGAGCGAAGGCGAUCUGCCGCCGCUCUGAGCUCCAGAGCGCACGCCUUCUCGGUAGAAUCACUGAUUGGGACAAACAAGAAAAGAAAACUCCGUGGCUGGGAGGAGAAAGAGCUCCAGUUGUCCAUCGAAAACAUUGCGACCAACGGGCAUUUGGGGGACGGCGACCAUUCGACACAAUCUCUGGACAUGGACCCCGAUUCAGAAGCCAGUCCCGGCUCAGACUGCGAGGGCCUGGCAGACGGGAUGUCGUGCUCGUUCGGCUCUCCAUCGGACCUGGGCCCCGCGGCCCGCGAUGCCUCGCCACCCUCCUCCAUGGAAGAGGUCCAGGUAGAGCUGCAGUGUGCCGACCUCUGGAAGCGCUUCCACGACAUCGGCACGGAGAUGAUCAUUACCAAAGCGGGCAGGAGGAUGUUUCCGGCCAUGAGGGUGAAGAUUUCCGGCCUGGAUCCCCGUCAGCAGUACUACGUCGCAAUGGAUAUUGUUCCAGUGGACAACAAGAGAUACAGGUAUGUCUACCACAGCUCCAAGUGGAUGGUGGCAGGAAACGCCGACUCCCCCGUGCCACCCCGCGUCUACAUCCACCCGGACUCGCUGGCCUCCGGGGACACCUGGAUGAGGCAGGUGGUUAGCUUCGACAAGCUAAAGCUGACCAACAAUGAGCUGGACGAUCAAGGCCAUAUCAUCCUACACUCGAUGCACAAAUACCAGCCACGGGUGCACGUGAUCCGAAAGGACUUCAGCAGCAACCUGUCCUCCACCAAAUCCAUCCCCAGCGGCGAGGGGGUGAAGACCUUCACCUUUCCCGAAACCGUGUUCACGACUGUCACUGCCUACCAGAACCAACAGAUCACCCGACUAAAAAUUGACCGGAAUCCAUUCGCGAAAGGAUUCCGAGAUUCUGGAAGGAACAGGACUGGCUUGGAGGCCAUCAUGGAGACCUACGCCUUCUGGAGACCUCCAGUGCGAACGCUGACAUUUGAGGACUUCACCAACAUGCAGAAACAGCAAGGGGGAAGCACAGGCACCUCCCCGACCACCUCCAGCCCAGGAACCCCCUCCCCAUCAGGCCCCUCUCACCUGCUGUCCCCGUCCUGCUCCCCACCCACCUUCCACCUGGCGCCCAACACAUUCAACAUGGGCUGCCGAGAGAGCCAGCUAUGUGGCCUGGGGCUGCCUGAGUACCCCGCCUGCGCUCGCGGUAAUGUCGCUGCCCUGCAAGGCUACGGCGGCCUGGCCGAGAGCUCAUACAGUCGCCUGCAGCCUGGGGGGGCAGUCGCCUCCCAGCCAUCGGAAACCUUCCUGCCGCAGAGGACUUCCUCCAUGAUCGCCAGUGGGAUGCCUGGCGUCGCCCACACCUCCCUGCCCGGUGGCGCCGGUGGCAAGAUGGAUGCCUACAGCGGCCAGCUGGGGUCCUUCCCCGCCCCACAGCUGCAGUACAUGAUGCAAGCAGGCGGCUCAGCCUCGGGACCCACCCCCUCCACCACCUCCGCCUCCGGCUCCUCCUCUUCAGCCCACGUGUUCGGCAGUGGGCACCACGCACAGCAGGGAUCAUACAAUGCUUUUUCUCUCCAUGGCCACUACAACCUUUAUGGAUACAAUUUCCCUACCUCCCCGAGGCUGGCCCCAAGCCCAGAGAAAUUGACGCCGGCCCAGGCGGGCUUUCUACCGCCCUCCCACGGCGGAGCUUUUGGAGAGCGCCAGUAUCUGCCCAACAGCAUGGAUGCUGCACAUGUGAUCGGCAGUUCCACAGGUAGCCAGCAGGGCGGCAGCACCUGUGACAGUCGUCAUUAUGGACAACCGUCUCAGAUGUCAGUUCACAUGGUGUGAAUGGAUUUGUUGGGUUUCUGCCCUUCAGUGCUCUUCUAGUUAUAUUUCACAUGUUUGUUUCUUCUCUGCCUCCUUCUAAAGGGGUCUGUAGCUAAACAGAGAAAAGAGGAACUAGUGAAAAAGGAGUGAGCGAUCUUACAGAUGUUUGUGUUUCCUUAUAACAAACUGAAAUUAAAAAACUCGGAAAACUCAUUGCAUUAUAUAAACCUAAUGUGAACUGAGUUUUCUUACUUUAGAAUGAUCUGAAUAUACUUUGCUAAUGGAGUUAAUUGUUAGUUUCUUACCUCCCGGACUUGGCAUGGCCCAUUCCUCCCUGGUCACUGGUGCGGGUGACUCGUGUGCAGGCAGCUCCCAAGGAACUCAAGCCCAAGCAGUGGCAUGAAAUGGCACGGUGGAAGAUUCUGGAAGCUGCACUGCAACAAUAUGCAGAGCUGACCUGGCUAACUGUUCCCUGCCACGUCUGGUCAGUUCCAACCAGGACUGUAGAGACUUCUCAAUGAAAACACAUCAUUUUUUUCUCAAUGCCAUCGUUACGGCCAUAUGCUGGAACCUCUGCGAUUUGUGUUAAACACACAGCAGGUUUUUGUGUGGUGACAUGGGGAGGGGAUUGGGGACAGGGAUAAAAGGACUGAAAUGUGAGUUUCAGCUGCACAUUGUGGAUAAAUGUAUAUAAAAAUUGUACGAGGAGAGACGUGAACACAGAGCCCCUGCUCUCCCUGUGGGCCCCUCGAUGGUUCUGAGCCUUUGAGCCGCUGAUGAAUUCAUGGUCGCUCAUGAUAAUUCAUCAUUACUUGUUUAAUCAUUCUAAUAGGAUGAGAUGUUUUUAAAAAUAGGUAAGGGAAACCGAUAUGUUUUGAAGUUGUGUGGAAAUACAAUAUCGAGAAUAAUUAAGAUUAUUGAAUGUGUUUUCAGUGCGUGGUAGAUAACCUUAUUUAUGUGUCCAAAAUUGAUGCAGUUAUGUUCAUCAAAUAGAAACAGUGAGGAAUGUGUAGAAUGUCAUAAAAAUGAGUAAAAAUGAAAAGCAGAUAUUCAUCUAAAGGCCUAUUAAAGCUGUAAAUACAUAAAAAAGCUCAAUAAACAUUUGACUUUCUUUC